CCCAGCUAACCACACUCCUCCUCCCCGUCUCCUGUGAAUCUCACAUGGAGGAAACCUCCGCCUCUCCCGGGGCUACUGCUGCUGCGGAGCGGCUCUUCCUUCUGUAGCCAGGCUGCUGAAGGACACCGCUGGACGGGAAGGAGCGUUCGCGGGGGGCCGGUAACGCCGAUCCCCGGAGCUCCUGCAGCAGCGUCUCCUCCCUUCAUGCUUCAUGCUGCGGACACACAUACAUGCACGGGAAUAUUCACCAUCUGCUUUCCUUGAUGCAUAAUUACAGCAGUGAGAGAAGCUGCAAGAGCCGAUUUAUUCCAGUGUGAGCUGCAGAGAGGAAGGAUGACUCGAAGAAGAGGACGAGGAGGAUUUCUCACCAUGUUCCUUUUCCUGAGCCUAAUAUGGACACAGCUGCUGAUCACAGGGUGCUGCACGUUGGAAUCAGCAGUCAUGCCUUCUGUGUACUAGCAGGGAAAUAUGACAACAUAAAGUCAUCAUCUGGUGAUCACGAGCUCCGUCUCUUCCCUUCUCGCCGCUCCAGUCGUCUUUCUCCCCCUCAUCAACACCAGAAUGACUUCCACCAGCGACACGAAGAGGACGGCCUUCCAGAGUCCCGCCCCCACCGCCUGCACCUCCACCUCCAUCGCCACCACCAUCAUCUUCAUCACCAGCACCCUGACAGGUUAGACAAAGCGAUGCCAGCCGACCCGCUCGAGUCUCGGUUUCGCCAGGAGUCCAGCGAGCAGCAGAGCCUCAACCUGCUGGCCCGACCACAUCACGAGGUGCAUCCGGAGCACGCGGUGGUGUCUGCACGCCAUCUGGUUACUGUGUACCUGGCUGUGGACGUGCGAAGGCUGAACGUCAGUCUUCUUCGUUGGUUUCGAGAGGGUGUAGCUGCGGCGCUCGGCGUUCCUGCGGGACGCGUGCACAUCAACCGCCUCAAUGAGAAGAAGAACGGCAUCGAGCUCUUCGUGUCCUCUGAUAGGCCGGGCGACUCGGAGCCCCGUCCCGCUGAAGAGGUCAUCCAGUCACUGAACGUGAGAGUCCUCCACCGACACUUGGGACACUUCGGCAUCACCGAGGUCUCCACCGAGAAAAACGUGCUGCAGGGCGAGCAGAGGGAUCAUGUGUGGAGCAGAGAAGGUUUCUACGCCGUUGUCCUCUUCUUCACAGUCUUCAUCAUCGUCAUCACCUGCUUGAUGGUUUUAUACCGACUGAAGGAGAAGGUUCAGGUUUCCGACAGACAGCUGAAAGCCCCACCCCCUGACCUGCACCUGACCCCAGCUGUCCUUCAAGACUCCGCCCAGAAGUCUAAGGGCACCAAGGUUUUGACGUCAGGAAGCAUGGUCCAAGCUGAGCUCCCUCCAACUGUUGCCACGCCCAUUCCCCUGCAGCAGCCAAUCAUAGCCUGCCGCCGCCUUGCUCCUCCUGUUGUCCCUCUACCAAGCCCCGCCCCUGUACCUGUCUUCAGCAGCAACGACCACACACCCCUCGUAAGCGUUGCUCCGGUGACAGCCAAUAACGAGCUUAAGCCCUGCCCCUCCCCUUUCAGGAUGAAACCUGCUGCAGGACUGCAAGAAAGACGAGGCUCGAAUGUCUCUCUCGUCUUGGACAUGUCGGCCCUCGGCUCUGUGGAGCCCCUGAAUGUGUCUGUGGUGACCCCCAGAGAAGCGGCGGCCAGAGAGUACCUGCUGUCCGCCGGUCGGCCGCUGACCCGACAGCAGCUCCGCGACAUCGUCAACAAUACUCACAAACUUCACGCAGAGUUUGCUGAAAUUCCCAUGAACUUCAUCGAUCCCAAAGAGCUGGAUAUUCCAAACCACGGGACCAAGAACAGAUAUAAGACCAUCCUGCCCAAUCCUCAUUCCAGAGUGAUCCUGAAGUCAAAGAGCUGCAACGACCUACUGAGCUCCUACAUCAACGCCAACUACAUACGGGGUUACCUCGGCGACGAGAGGGCGUUCAUCGCCACUCAGGGCCCGAUGGUGAACACGGUGAAUGACUUCUGGCAGAUGGCGUGGCAGGAGGAGUCGCCGGUCAUCGUCAUGAUCACCAAACUGAAGGAGAAGAACGAGAAAUGCGUCCUUUAUUGGCCAGAGAAACGAGGAAUCUACGGGAAGGUUGAGGUGUUGGUGAACAGCGUCAGAGAGUGUGAACACUACACUACACGAAGCCUCACUCUCAAGUGUGGGAAUCAAACCCGCGUCCUGCAGCAUUACUGGUACACGUCGUGGCCUGACCAUAAAACCCCUGACUCCACGAUGCCGCUGCUGCAGCUGAUGGCCGACGUCGAGGCGGACAGACGGUCAGCUGCAGCCAUGGGGCCGGUGAUCGUCCACUGCAGUGCUGGGAUUGGCCGGACUGGCUGCUUCAUCGCCACGACGAUAGGCUGUCGACAGCUGCAGCUGGAGGGAGUGGUCGACGUUCUGAGCAUCACCUGCCAGCUCAGAGCAGACAGAGGAGGUAUGAUCCAGACAGGUGAGCAGUACGAGUUUGUCCAUCACGCCUUGAGUCUCUAUGAGGCCCGCCUCUCUGCAGAAACUGGCCAAUGAGCUCUCACCACCACAGGAAGUGCUGACUUGAACCAGGUGUGGUCCUGACAAAGCUGACCGGUUUGAUCUUUGGGAUUCCUCGAGGAUUUCGGAGACCUUUGUGAAGGUUUUUUUCAAGUUUGCAAGACAACAGGGACAACCAGUGAAGUGGGCGGAGCCUGCUUAGCAGAAGAGGAAAGGUAAAACAGAAUGUGUCCGUUCUUCUUCUUCUGCUGUUUUCUUCUUCUUCAGAGGAACUUAAAUGACUCUUCUGUUGGAUCGUGUCAUUUUUUUUAAUAACCGGACCGUCGUAUUACCUCUUUUCUGUCAUGGACACGUAGAAAUAGCUGGACUCAAGUCGAUGGUACGUUGUUCAAUAACACUGUUGUGUUUCUGUGUCUUACAGGAUUUUGAAUUAUUUUAUAACGUGAUGUUCUUAUGAGAAACAGCCUCCUAAAAAUGACUGUUAGAUGGUUUAACGAGUGGUAAAAAUGUUUUUAUCACUACUGAACCAAACCUCGCCUCGCUCCUUUGUGACUUCAGUCCUCUGUAAGGUUAUCACGAUCUGGUUCCAGUAAUAAUUGAACCGUAUGAAUAUCCGAUUAAGACCACAGAAACAAAAACAGAAGUCUUAUAGGGUUUCUAACCAUCUAAAUUGCACAAAAACAUUGCUAACAUUGCAAUAUAACCUGCAAAGAGCCAUCUGAUUGGAAACAAGAGUGUUGAAGUGCACAUUUUUAAUAGAUACAACCAAAUGCAUCAUCUUUAUUCAAGGAAUAUAAUAAUAUGUGGCAAUGCAAUUAAAUAUGAGAGCAAAUAUGGACAAAAUAAAUGUAAAAAAUUUGAUAAAACCAUUCGAUGACACCAGUAUGCAGAAAAUGCAUGCAUACAGAUCACUGAAGUCACAAACGGAGCUUCCUCCAGCCAUCGUUCACAAGCUAAAAGCUAACAAACCAACGAUAACAAUAAAUAAGCUCCUGCUAAGCUCAUUUUUUAAAUAAAGCAAUCUGAUUAAAGCUAAUUUUUUUUACAUGUGAUAGUUAUGUGAUGCUUAAAUGCCUAUAAAGAGAUGCUAGCCUGCUGUAAAAGCUUAUAUUAGCACUAGAACGCUAUGUUGCUAAACCAAUCAAAUGUAGUGCUUCUAAUGGGUUAAAAUUCUUCCAUAAUUUUGUUUUAUAUAAUUCUUUGACAAAAAAAAAAUCAUAUAGAUACAACAGCAACAAAAAUGGAAGUCCUUCACAUCAGAUAUUGGUCGUAUUAAGUUUCAGUCACCAAAAAUUGCAGGCAAACUCUUAUGUCAAAUAAAUUGUCAGCAUUGUUUCAGCUCUGAAGCAUUGCCAAUAAAUAGAAAAGGGUUGUCACGACACUUUAAUUGGAUUUUAGUAAAAAUCACACCACAGCAAUCGAAAUAGAAGUCCUUGGCACCUACUACUGGGUGUUUAAUUCUUUUGAAUUAACAAAAAAUCGCAUGCAGACCCCUGCAAAGUGUUUAAAUUGCACAAAUAUAUGUGCAGCGUUUAUGACAAAACGAUGCCAGUGUAUUUGAGCAGUUUAAAUGAUGUGCAUGAUUUUGCUUGUAGUUUUUGAUGGGAAAGUUUCAGUACUAAUUCUCUUCUAAUACAGUGCAGGGAUUCUGGUUUGGGCAUUUGGAUAGUAAGUGGUAAUCCUUAAUGCUUGGUGGUCCAAAAAUUGAGGCUGAAGUAAGGCAUAGAUGUGGCAAGCAAGCCUGCCUGAGGGCACCAUAAAGUUGGAAAGAGGCUUGACUCAACCCCGGCUGUGCUCUGGAUUACCUUGCAUUUCCAGGAGUAUGGGGAAAUAAUCUGUUGUACUACCCAGGCGGGGAUAGCAGGGUUGCCAUGAGCCCUUGGUUGUGCUAUGGAUGUCCCAAAAGCCUGAAAUCUGCUGGCAGUCUCCAGGUGUAGCGCCAGGGGGGAAAAGGCCUGACAUCGAGCUCAACCUUGGCAAUACUCCACUUCAUAUAUUUUCAAAUUAUAUAUCAGUGUGUCCUUUAAAAGAAUUUAUAUGACUUGGUCAGAGCCACAGAAAUGAUGGGUGGGCUAUUGUUUGAAUAAGAGGCAAGUUAGUUCUGAGGACAGAUUGCUAAUGCAGAAUAUGGACAUUUGCACAUUCUAAAGUGGAGUUAGCUUGAUCUAAAUGCCUAAAACAGAUUAUGAACGCAAAAUAUGAACAGGCCCUUUGAUGCCAUCAAUCCCUGAAAAACAGAUUUUAUCUUUUAAAGCACCUGGUAAAUAAAAGACACCCAAAUAUCAGAUAUGUUGACAACCUUAGCUCUUAAACUGAAAUUUUUUCUCCACCAGAAAUAAAAUGUUCAAAUCCUGCAGCCCCAACAAGGUUUGAGGGGGAUUAUUGGAGCUGUUGUUUUUUGAAUGCCAAGGCAUCUAUCUUUUGUUAAAAUUAUGAAAAUAAAGGUUGUCCAACUUUUACAUCAGGAUCUUGUACUAGGGAAAUAAAUAAAUAUUGAUACCUGUUAUGACACAUAGAAGGUCCUGGACUCAAUGUUUGGAAUUUCCUGUAUUUAAUCAGCAAAUACUGCAGAAAGAGCUGCUUGUUAUCUAAUUUGCACAAAACACUGGCAAUGUUGCCGUACAGAAUCCUAAAUCUCAUGAACAAGAAGUAGUUUUUGUCCAAUUUUGGGUACUUUAGAUAAUAUAAAUAGUCAUUGAGAUUCUAUUAUUUAAAAAAAAAAAGGCAUCAAAAAUGUUGACCUCAAAGAAUUUAUCAAUAAAAGAAUAACUGGAAGCCUUUUGGCUCAAAUAUGGCGUAGCACUUUGCCAGGUUCUUUUAGUCUGCACCUUAUAAAGCUAAUAUCACUGAAAUACCUGUACAUCUUAGUAAAGUUGAUUUUUUUCAACAAUGAUAAUCCUAAAAUGAAAAUUCUAUGUUAUAUUUUGUGCUGCUUUGUCUCUUCUCUGUAUAAAUAAAUCAAUUAUAAUGUUUUUUUGUUUUCGCUUAGACAAUUUCCCCCGUUGUAAAAUAAUGUUGCUUUAUACCAAAAAUGUGAAAUAAUUUCUGUCAUAACGGUGCAGUCAUCUCAUCGUUGUGCUGGUGUAAAUGAUGUUAUCAAGUGGGUCUGAUAUAUCAGUGUAUUAAAGUAAUAAUAACUUUAUUUUUAUACCGUUUUUACAUGUUUUUGAUGUGUUUAGCAGCUUUUGUCGACUAGCAUGGACGCUUCCUUAGUGACGCCUCAUGAUCUUUAAAUCAUCAACAUGACAGGAGCUGGAAUAAAAGUGUCUUUGUUUCUUAAUUGAGACCAAAAAUUCAACUUUCAAGAAUCUGACACCCAUUAUCUGAACGGUGGGGCAAUAAUGUAGAAUGGGGAAAAUGUGAUGUCCAUUAAUGAAUGGGGGGCACAGUGAAUAAAUAUAAUUCUAAUGCAUUAACGAAGAUGUUGCUUUUGAUAAGACUUACUCCUGUCCUGCUUCACUGAAAAGGGUUAGGGCUGUCAAGAUUAAUUGGACCAAUUGCAAUUAAUUAAGGUCUACAAUUAGUGCAAUAUAUUUCUUAAUUAUGCCUAGCCACAUGCUUUAUUGCAGUUUUCCAGAAGGUCUGGCUGCAGACCACCACUAAGAGAUGCUGCCACAUUCAUGAAACACUGCAAACAUUACAGACUUAAAUGUUAUUCGCACAGGAUUGGUAUUACCUGUAGACCUCUGUAAGUGCUGAAAUAUGGCCGGUAAUUUGCCCUGGAAUUUUUAUUUUGCAAAUUACAGAUAAGCGUUGAUGUCUUGUGUGGUUAUUACAAAUUACCAGAGGUCCCUGGGUAAUUCUAAUCCCAUGCGAAUAAAGCAUAAGCAGAAUUUCAUACAUAAAAAUGGCGGAGGAAUGGCCAGAAGUCUAAUUCUGGCUUGAAAUCUGUAUAGAACCACUGUAGAAGUAGUCAGGAGAAUAGUGGCUCACAUUAGCUCUGUUAAAUUUAGCUAAAGCUAGCAUAGCUAUGCUAGCUACAUAAUUAACGUAUCUGCAUAGGCCAAUGUAGCGAUGUUAGCUUAUACUUUAGCAAUGUGAGAUUUAGCAAGUGUAGCUAAUGCUAAGGUAGCUAAGCUAGCUUUGGCAAACAUAGCAUAUGUUCACAUAGCUAACAUGGCUUCACUUUAACUUUAGCUGCAAAGCUACAUAGCUAUUUUAUGUGGAUGA